AUGAAGCAGCAGCAGCAGCAAGUGGAACUGCAGCAACAGCAGCAGCAGCUGCUGCUGCAGCAGCGGCGGGUUGCGCCAGCAGCAACAGCGGCAGCAGCAGCAGGUCGCCUUAGAAAGACAAAAACAGAAUUGCAAGACGAAGCAGCAGCAGCAGCAACAGCAACAGCAGCAGCAGCAGCAGCAACAGCAACAGCAGCAGCAGAAGCAGCAACAGAGGCAGCAGCAGCAGCACAUGGGCGAGCCGGAGAGCUGCUGCUGCUCCUGGCCCUAGGGCCUCUGGUAAUGCUGCAAAGGGCCCUUAGGCCCCACGUGGGCCCUUGGGGGCCCCUAGGGGCCCCCAGGAAACUUAGGGGGGCCCCCGGGGCCCCCUGCCUUGUUGGGGCCCCUGGGGGCCCCCCAAGCCAGCAGCUGCAGCUGCUGCACUGCAGCAGCGCGUGUGCACUGCAGCAGCAAGUGCAGCAGCAGCAGCUGCAGCUGCAGCAGCAGAAGCUGCAGCAGCAGAUGCUGCAGCAGCGCCGCGGCUUAUGUUGUGUCGCAGCUGACGAAGCAGCAGCAACAGGAGUAGGAAGAGCCCGAGCAGCAGCAGCAGCAGCAACAAGUGCAGCAGCAGCAGCAACAAGUGCAGCAGCAGCAGCUGCAACAAGUGCAGCAGCAGCAGCAGCUGUACUAGUAUCCCGCCCGUUGCUGCUGCACUCCUUGUUUCGCUGGGGUGGUCUUGCUGCAGUGCCUGUCCCCAGCAGCAGCAGCAGCAGCAGCGGGAUCAGCAGCAGCAGCAGCAGCAGCGGCAGCAGCAGCAGCAGCUGUUGGGAUGUAUGUACACCUCAGCACAGUCGAGGGCUCUCCGCGGAGGUUGCUGCAUCUGUGGGCCGUGCUGCUGCUGCUGCUGCUGCUGCAGCAGCAGCAGCAGCAGCAGCAGCUGUAAAGAAAGCGGUAGACGACUGCGCACUGCUGCUGUGGAAAGGAAACAAAUGGAGAGGGACUUGGGUGCCCAACAAGUGGAGGUGGUACCACAGACACGGCUAUUGGGCGACGCGAAAGAAGCAGCUAAAGUUCGACACCUACAGAAGAUACAGGCAAGCAGCAGCAGCAGCAGCAGCAGCAGCAGCAGCAGCAGCAGCAGCAGCAGCAGCAGCAGCAGCAGUAGCAGCAGUAGCAGUAGCUGCAGCAGUAGAGACCACGGUUUUGCUGCUGUCGAAGCGUGACGCGUGUCCGCUGCUGCUGCGGCCGUUGCCUCUCCCUGCUGCUGCUGCUGCCGCCUCCAACCCGCAGCAGCAGCAGCAGCAGCAGCAGCAGCAGCAGCAGCAGGUGGCUUUUGCUGCUGCUGCUGCUGCUGCGCGCAGGUACCACGAAGUCAAAGGCAUGGGGCAGCCCAAGGCCAAGUGGUGGGCCCCCAAUGUUGGAAAAAGUCCCCUCAGGCAAUCCACCAAGUUCUGGUAG